AUGGCGAUGAGAAGAAGCAAAGGAGGUUUACCUGCCCCGGUUACCAACAAAGAGCUUGGACCAAGCGUGAAAUCCGUGUAUCUUGUCCCGUGCGGCCAUGCCUUUUCGGAGGAGGCUAUCCGUGAAAUGAAAUCGGAUAAAUGCUUGCAGUGCAACGAAUCGUAUUCGCCCGAAAACAUCAUACCUAUACUUCCAACCAAGGAGUCUGAAAAGGAGCGGCUUUUGUCGCGUAAACAAAAACUAUCUAAUGAAGGCCUUACUCACUCGCUAAAGAAAGCCCCGGGUUCAAGAAAACGAAAGAAGACUGGGGCUAUUCCCAGUGUUGUUACGGGUGAACCGACAACCGACGUUGCGGCUGAGAAAUCUUCUUCCGCUCAGAAUGAUAGACUCAUCAGCAGGACUUCCACACCUCUUCCUUCAACAACUGGUGGGAUCAAAAAUGCUGCCACUGCGAUGUUGACAAAUCGCGUAUUAGAAGAAGAAAACAAGCGUAAAAGGCGGAGAAAGGACCUUGCAAGUAAUGAGACAUUGCAAAGCCUGUUCACAUCUAGUUCCAAAAAUCAGAAGACAAAAGAUGGUGAUUUCAUGACUCGAGGUUUUAGUAUUCCGUCUGGAGCCAGAAGAUGA